AUGGAAUCGCAUUUAAAGGAAUAUACAGAUGAAGAUGACUCUUUUAAAAAAGGUUGUACCAAUGCUUUAAGUCAUAUAACAACUAUUAGUUUUCGUCCUCCAAUUAUUAUAUCUCCAUUUUGUGAAUAUACUAAUUACUGGUUCUAUAGUAAGUUGAAAACAACUAAUAAAAUUACAUAUAAUCAGAAUUUAUUGGAGAAUUUUUUUAAUGAUCUUGGUAAUUCCGAAAAAUGCAUAGAGUAUACGGAGGCUAUUGACGAAAAUACAUAUAAUGACCUUGAAAAAUUAGAUAAAUUGUAUGAUAAAUUUUAUAGUUUUGCAAAAAAAGAAACUUCAACAGAUAGUAAUAAUUGCAAUUACGGAGAAGAAUGUGCCCAAGAAUACAGGAAACACGAGGAUACAUGUAGGGGGAAAGGUAACAAUAGUUUUUGUAAUGAAUUAGAAAACUUUCGAGUAAGAUAUAAUAAUCACCUUACAUCAAUAAAAAAUUGCAAUAACUUAAAAGAAUUACCAUCCUUCCAAGGGUCUUCACUAGCUGCUACCAUUUCACUCCCAGUUUCUGUAAUGUCAGCAAUAUCUUUUUUUUCAUUUAUUACGUACAAGGUUGGUAAAUUUUUUGUACAAAAUUGA